AAAACACGUUAAACAGAAUUGAUUUUAGAUUGGAUGUUACUCGAUGUCCUUUCAAUAUACAGCCACAUUUGAAACUGAACAUUCGCACUCAGAAAGAGGAAUUGUUCUGCGCUCUCUUCUCGGCAUAAACUCACCAAAACUACUGGGUUCCACCGACAAAAGCACCGAGCUUUCCGCCGAGCCCACCCGACACGCUUGCCACUGCCCGUUUUUACGCCGUUGUCUCUCGCAGCGUGCGGGCGGCAGCCGGUCUAUCUGCGCCCAUCGAUAUGUUUGCGUUGCGCCAGGAUGGAGCGGCUCUCCGCGCCGGGGAUGACGCAAAUGACCCAAAAAAGUGUUUCAACACGAAGAUGGCGGCAACUUAACGCAGGACCAAAGAUGACUGUGGCUGCUGGGAGAGCACAGCCAAGGCAUUGUGCCCAGACACGGAAGAGGCAGUGCGCCGGCUGAAACCGCGAAGACCCCCGGCUUUUUAUAAGGAGCGUGUCGGCGAGGAGAGGGGGGACAUUGCAGCCCGGGAGAGAGCGGGGCAGGGCGGCAUGCUGCUGCGGGGGACUCGCUUCUCCUCCGGAGAGCCAUGGCGAGCGGCGCUAUGUCAGCACAUGGCUUAAUCUCCCUCAGUGCACUAAUUGGAUGGGAAGAGCGGCUCGACGCAGAGUGAAGCCGGGACCGCGUCCACCCCAGGGUUUAAUAGGAAAACGGCGCAGGACCAUCGUCAAGUCAAUGCAUAUUGGGGAGAAGGACCCCCCACGGCGGAGACGGCCAGCGCUGCGCUUUCCCAAAAUAUGACCAGGGGUGCUUGCAUGUGUCGGCAGCAAGAUGACGGCUUAAAUAUCUGGAUCGCACCCCGGGAGGACGAGAAGCCAUUCGCGGAUUCGGAGAGAGCGCAGAAAUGGCGCCUGUCGCUCGCAUCGCUGCUGUUUUUGACCGUCCUGCUCUCUGAUCACUUGUGGCUGUGCGCCGAGGCGACCCGGAGUCGGACCCCGGAGCAGGCGCCGCUCACGGACAUGGGCGAUCAGUCCCCCGCAGACCGGCCGCCGCGCAGCCGCCACCGCAGGCACGAAAAGGCUCCCUUUUUGGGUGACUCGGCCAAGCGCUGGUGGCGCCUCGAAACUUGUCACCCAGACAGUUUCUCCAAAAACUGCUUCACUUUCGAUGACGCCGAGCCCGUGUGCAGGGCGCUCUCCGAGGCUGAAUUCAACCUAAGCGAUUUCUACCUUUCUUUUUGUAAUUCCUAUUCUCUUUUGGAUUUGCUUUACGGGUUUUCAAGUCCGGACGAUCUGAACUGCAGCCUGGACGCAGUAAUGGGAGGCGAUCUAUUAAGAUGCAGCCGGUGCGUACAGGCUUACCAGCGACAUGACCAGCACGCUCAGGAGAAGUACGAAGAGUUUGAACUCCUGGUUCAGAGAUAUGAAACGGAUGUAUACUCAGUGAGGACAUGCAUGGAGGAAUGCAAGACUGCCUACAAACCCUGGCUGUGUUCCCAGUACUUCCACACGACGCAGAUGCAUUGCAGCAACAAGCUCCCAUGCAAGCAAUACUGUUUGGAGGUGCAGAAGAGGUGCCCGUUCAUAUUGCCAGACAAUGACGAUCUCAUUCAUGGAGGGAGCCCCAGUUUUAUAUGUACAGGGCUGCUAGAAACCCCCACGUCCGGAGCAGAGACCGAGUGCUGUGACGUGCGGUGGGACAUCACACCGGAUGGAACGGGACGAGCAGGCAGGACAAUCAAAAGGACUCACCCCUCCUGCCAGAACCGGGCGUCCACCUCCACGAAUGGGGCAUCCAGACUGUACGGCGGGAGGCUCAGGCUCUGCCUCCUGGUUCUGGUUCUCUUACACACCGUUGUCACGGUGACCACAGCACAGAACUCCACCGGGCUCGGGCUUGGGGGUAUCACCCCUGUGGAGGAGAGUUCCGCCAAUGAGGAAUGACUUUGGAUUGCCCCCACUGCUGGGUGUGCCAGGUGCCAGGAACCACGUGGGUCAGGCUCCCCGUUCCUGAAAGUGCUGGGGGUGUGGGAGAGGGAUCGGCGACAAGAACCCGGAACAGCAAACCGGAGACGACAGAAAAAUGGAGGACAAAAUAAGGCCUAAACAAACGUAGAAACCAGACUGCUUGCACACUCUUUUAUAUGUCAUGAUUUACUGGCUGGGUUUCAUUCGCACUAGAUUGCUACAGGAGUUUAUUCAUUUUGUCUCCUCAGCUUUUCAUUACUGGGCCUGAAAGCAGGAAGGCCAGGCAGACAUGUCUAAUCGCCGGAGACUCGAUCCAUCCGUUGCUCCUUUCCUGUCAGUUGGUAUCAUCCGCCCAGCUAUUCACGAACAUCCUGAAAACCUGGAAAGUGUUGCUCAGAGACGGGGGGGGGGGG